AUGGAAGAGAGCCCAUUGUACACACAGAAAGAAUUUGAGAUUGAAGAUGAAGCUGAUGAAUGGGAAGUAAGCAGGUCUAGGGUGCACCUAGGAGCUCUGAUAGGCAGUGGAGCCUUCGGCAGAGUGCAUGCUGCUCAACGGGCGCCCCUUAUAGCGCUCUUAGAACACGCACCAAGAGGGGAUCUACUCUCACUUCUCAGAGCUGCAAGAGGAAGAAAGAAAGAUAAUCAACUCUCCAACACUACAAGAAGAGUUGACAGUUCACAAGGAAGACCUUCUGAAGGAGAUUCUGAAUACACGAAUCUUAGUGAUUCAGAUCCCGCUUUAUCGGAAGGCGAUGGCAAAUUAUACGUAGACAGUGAUAAGAAAAGGGACCAUUAUGUAGCUGAGCCUGCUUUACAGUUAGAUGGCAGCACUAUGAGAGAAUAUGCACUGCAAGUUGCUUUGGGAAUGAGGCAUCUUGAGGAAAGAGGAAUCACGCACAGGGACCUGGCAGCCCGGAACAUAUUAGUAGACGGUUCUGGUCUACUAAAGGUAGCAGACUUUGGUCUGUCAAGGUCUGGAGUGUACGUGCACACGAGAGCCAGACCUGUGCCCCUUCGAUGGCUGGCUCCAGAAGCCAUCUUGCAUUCCCAAUAUUGCAGUGCCAGUGGCUUCCCAUACGCUGAGCUGAGCAAUCACCAAGUUCCUCCGUUCCUGGCCGGUGGAGGCCGUCUCCCGAAGCCAGUUAGAGCUUCGACCAGGCUCUACCAGCUCAUGGUCGAAUGUUGGUCUGAGAACCCAGGAGACAGACCCACAUUCGCCAAUAUUGUGGACAAAUUGACAGUCCAGAAACAAUUAUACGUGGAUUUAGACUGCGUUUUUCCACCUUCAGAAGAAGAACUCCGAUUGAAAGACUUUGAUUUCAACAUGGCUGACACAAAUGGUUAUCCCUACCGGUGA